UGGGGAUAUCUGACAUAUCUCACCAACUCUGACCUUGAUGGAGACAAUAAAAGGGGACUUGUCCAGUUGUUUCGAGGCCAACCCGUUUAGACAUUACUGAGGUGUUUUGAGUGCAGGUUGGGGACCCGAAGAGUUGAUAAUGUCCCGCUAUAUGGAACUGAGGGAAUUCGGCGAUGCGGCCACAUUCCUGCGUAAAACCAAUCUGGAACAGCUCGCUGCGCAAGCUCACGCGUUUGACGGAAAGAAACGUGUUUGGAUUCCAGAUGAGAAAGAAGCCUACAUUGCGGUGGAGAUCAGAGAAUCAGAUGGAUACAAGGUCAUGGUGGAGACCAAAGAUGGAACGAUGUUAACAAUGAGAGAGGAUGACAUUCAGCAAAUGAACCCACCAAAAUUUGACAUGAUAGAAGACAUGGCCAUGCUUACGCACCUUAACGAGGCUUCUGUUCUUUUCAACCUCAGCCGUCGCUACAGUUUUUGGAUGAUCUAUACAUAUUCAGGGCUGUUCUGUGUGACAGUUAACCCAUACAAAUGGCUUCCCGUCUACUCUUCUGAAGUGGUUGCAGCGUACAAAGGGAAGCGUCGCUCAGAUGUUCCGCCUCACAUCUAUUCGAUAGCAGACAAUGCCUACAAUGACAUGCUAAAAAAUCGUGAAAACCAGUCAAUGCUUAUCACCGGAGAAUCCGGUGCUGGCAAAACUGUCAACACAAAACGCGUAAUUCAGUAUUUUGCCAUUAAAGCAGCUCUUGGCGAAGCAGGGGGCAAAAAAGGAGGUACAUUAGAGGAUCAGAUCAUUGAGGCCAACCCAGCUAUGGAAGCUUUUGGCAAUGCUAAAACCCUGAGGAAUGACAACUCGUCCAGAUUUGGCAAAUUCAUAAGAAUUCAUUUCGGUCAUACAGGGAAACUUGCAUCUGCUGACAUUGACAUCUAUCUUCUGGAAAAAUCCAGAGUGAUAUUUCAGCAAGCUGAAGAAAGAAGCUACCACAUCUACUACCAGAUUCUCUCACACAGGAAACCAGAACUACAAGACAUGCUCCUGGUGUCAUCAAAUCCCUUUGACUACCACUUCUGCUCGCAGGGUGUUAUAACUGUGGACAACAUGGAUGAUGGAGAUGAGCUUCUUGCAACGGAUCAUGCAAUGGAUACCCUUGGAUUUACUCCUGAGGAAAAAUAUGGCUGUUACAAGAUAGUCGGUGCCAUUAUGCACUUUGGCAACAUGAAGUUCAAAGUUCGACAGAGAGAGGAGCAAGCAGAGGCAGAUGGCACUGAGAGUGCAGACAAAGCCUCCUAUCUAAUGGGGAUCAGUUCAGCUGACCUCGUUAAGGGACUACUUCAUCCCAGAGUGAAAGUGGGCAAUGAGUACAUUGUCAGAGGACAGACGGUUGAACAGGUGAGCUAUGCAGUUGGAGCUUUGGCCAAAGCCACCUAUGACCGCAUGUUUAAAUGGCUUGUGGGCAGGAUCAAUAAAACAUUGUACACAGCCCUACCUCGUCAGUUCUUUAUAGGAGUGCUGGACAUAGCAGGCUUUGAGAUCUUUGAGUUCAACAACUUUGAGCAGCUUUGCAUCAACUUCACAAAUGAGAAAAUGCAACAGUUUUUCAACCAUCACAUGUUCAUCCUAGAGCAAGAGGAGUACAAGACAGAGGGCAUAGAGUGGACUUUUAUUGACUUUGGAUUAGACCUACAGGCCUGCAUUGACCUAAUUGAGAAGCCACUAGGCAUACUGUCUAUUCUGGAGGAGGAGUGUAUGUUCCCUAAAGCCACGGAGAGCAGCUUUAAAGCAAAACUCUAUGAUAAUCAUCUUGGCAAGUCUCCCAACUUUUUAAAACCGAGGCCAGACAAAAAACGCAAAUACGACACUCACUUUGAGCUUGUGCACUAUGCUGGAGUGGUGCCAUACAACAUCAAUGGAUGGCUUGACAAAAACAGAGAUCCCUUGAAUGAAACAGUGGUGGGAAUCUUCCAAAGGUCAUCCAACAAGUUAAUGGCGAGCCUCUUCGAGAACUUUAUUGGCUUAGAUUCAGAAGCAAAGCCAGGGAGCAAAGAGAAAAGAAGGAAAGGAGCAUCAUUUCAAACAGUGUCACAGCUGCAUAAGGACAAUCUAAACAAGUUGAUGACUAAUCUGAGAAGUACUCAGCCUCAUUUUGUCCGAUGCAUUAUCCCCAAUGAGACUAAGACACCAGGAAUGAUAGAGCCAUUUCUGGUUCUCCACCAGCUUCGCUGCAAUGGAGUCCUGGAAGGGAUUCGAAUCUGCAGGAAGGGAUUCCCUAGCCGCAUCAACUAUGCAGAGUUCAAACAGCGCUACCGUAUCCUGAACCCUUUGGCCAUUCCAGAAGACACUUAUGUGGACAGCAGGAAAGCUGUGGAAAAGCUGCUUGGUUCUCUGGACAUUGACCACACACAGUACAAGUUUGGCCACACCAAGGUGUUCUUUAAGGCAGGACUUCUUGGCCAGCUGGAGGACAUGAGGGACGAACGGCUGUCUAAGAUCCUUACCUUGCUGCAGGCCUUCUGCAGGGGUAAACUCAUGAGGAUGGAGCGCCAGAGGAUGAUGAUAGAGAAGGAGGCUCUGAUGGUGAUUCAGUGGAACAUUCGUGCCUUUUACUCAGUAAAGAACUGGCCAUGGAUGUGUUUGUUCUUCAAGAUCAAGCCCCUGCUGAGGAGCGCAGCUACAGAGAAGGAGCUGGCUGCACUCAAGGAGGAGUUCCAGAAGCUAAAGGAGGCUCUGGAGAGGUCUGAAGUGAAGAGGAAGGAUUUAGAGGAGAGACAGGUCUCUUUGGUGCAAGAAAAAAAUGACCUCAAUCUCCAGCUUCAAGCUGAGCAAGAUAACCUGGCAGAUGCAGAAGACCGCUGUAACAUGCUGAUCAAGGCUAAGGUCCAGAUGGAGGGGAAAAUUAAGGAGCUAAUGGAGAGGCUGGAGGAUGAAGAGGAGGUCAAUGCCACCAUCCUGGCCAAGAAACGCAAACUGGAGGAUGAGUGUAUUGAGCUGAGGAAAGACCUAGAUGAUUUGGAGAUCACUCUGGCCAAGGUGGAGAAGGAAAAACAUGCCACUGAGAACAAGGUAAAAAACUUGUUAGAAGAGAUGGCUGUAUUGGAUGAAAGCAUUCUCAGGUUGACAAAAGAGAAAAAAGCCCUCCAGGAUGCUCACCAGCAGGCUCUGGAAGACCUGCAGGCCGAAGAGAACAAAGUGAACAUGCUUUCCAAAACAAAGAUCAAACUGGAGCAGCAGGUGGAUGAUUUAGAAGGCUCUCUGGAGCAGGAGAAGAAAGUGCGUAUGGAUCUUGAGCGAGUCAAGCGAAAGCUUGAAGGAGAUCUUAAGCUUUCCCUUGAGUCUACCAUGGAUUUGGAGAACAACAAACAGCAGCUAGAGGACAGACUGAAAAAGAAAGACCUUGAAAUGAUUCAAAUUGGUGCAAAGAUAGAUGAGGAGCAAGCCUUGGUUAUUCAGCUACAAAAGAAAAUAAAAGAAUUACAGACACGUACAGAGGAGCUAGAGGAAGAAUUAGAGGCUGAGAGAGCAGCUAGAUCAAAGGCAGACAAGCAGCGUACCGAUGUGUCACGGGAACUGGAAGAGCUGAGUGAGCGUCUGGAGGAAGCAGGAGGUGCUACCACUGCCCAGAUCGAGAUGAACAAGAAACGUGAGGCUGACUUUCUAAAGAUGCGGCAAAACUUGGAAGAGGCAUCAUUGCAUCAUGAAACCACUAUAGCCAUGCUAAGAAGAAAGCAUGCGGACACUGUGGCUGAGAUGGGGGAACAGCUUGACAACUUGCAGAGGGUCAAACAGAAGCUGGAGAAAGAAAAGGCAGAAGCCAGAAUGGAGUCCGAAGAUCUGACAUCUAACCUUGAACAUCUUUCUAAAUCCAAAGCCACGACUGAGAAAAUGUGCAGGAUGUUUGAGGACCAUUUCAAUGAGUCUAAAACCAAGGUGGAAGAACUCCAGAGGCAGCUAAUGGAAACUACCUCUCAAAAAGCACGGGCCCAGACAGAGAGUGCCGAGACUAGCCGCAGACUCGAAGAGAGAGAGGUUAUGGUCAUGCAGCUGCAGCGAACAAAGACCUCUCUCAGCCAGUCCAUGGAAGAGCUGAAGAAACAACUGGAAGAGGAAUCCAAAGCAAAAAACAGUUUAGCUCAUGCUGUACAGUCAUCCAGGCAUGAUUGUGACCUCUUGAGAGAGCAGUUUGAGGAAGAGCAGGAGGCCAAAUCAGAGUUGCAGCGUUCUCUAUCAAAAGCCAAUGCAGAGAUUGCUCAGUGGAGGACAAAGUAUGAGACUGAUGCCAUUCAGAGGACAGAGGAACUAGAGGAAGCCAAGAAGAAACUGGUUGCACGGCUUCAGAGUUCAGAGGAGGCAGUGGAAGCUUCCAAUGCCAAGUGUGCCUCACUGGAAAAGACCAAGCACCGUCUGCAGACUGAGAUUGAAGAUGUGAUGGUUGACCUGGAGCGCUCUAAUGCUGUGGCUGCUGCACUGGACAAAAAGCAACGCAGUUUUGAUAAGGUGCUGUGUGAGUGGAGACAAAAGUUUGAGGAGACACAGGUAGAGCUGGAAAGCUCUCAGAAAGAGUCUCGCAGUCUCAGCACGGAGCUCUUCAAGCUGAAAAACUCUUACGAAGAAGCCCUGGACCAGCUGGAAACAAUCAAAAGGGAGAACAAGAACCUGCAGGAGGAAAUCACAGACUUGACUGAUCAGAUCAGUCAAGGCAGCAAGACCAUCCAUGAGCUUGAGCAGAUUAAGAAGACGUUAGACCAUGAAAAGAGUGACAUUCAGGCAGCACUAGAGGAGGCUGAGGGCACUCUGGAGCAUGAGGAGAGCAAGACCUUACGCAUUCAACUAGAACUCAGCCAGAUCAAAACUGAAGUUGACAAAAAAAUUGCUGAGAGGGAUGAAGAGAUUGACAACCUCCGUCGAAACCACCAGCGGUCUUUGGACACCAUGCAGACCACACUGGAUUCAGAGACCAGGGCCCGUAAUGAAGCAAUCAGGGUUAAGAAAAAGAUGGAGGGAGAUUUGAAUGAGAUGGAGAUCCAUCUAAAACAUGCAAACAGACAGGCCUUGGAGUCCCAGAAACUAGUGCGCAACCUACAGCUUCAAAUAAAGGACCUACAAGCGGAGCUGGAUGAGUCUAUGCAUCAAUGUGAGGAUCUAAAGGAGCAAGUGCUGGUCACAGAACGGAGGAACAACUUGCUAGCUGCUGAGGUGGAGGAGUUACGCGGAGUGGUGGAGCAAACAGAUCGCAUUCGUAAAGUCGCAGAGCAUGAGCUUCUGGAGUCCAGUGAAAGAGUGAACCUGCUGCACGUUCAGAACACAGUAGCAUUGAACCAUAAGAAGAAGUUAGAGAAUGAUCUGUCCAUGCUGUCGGGGGAGGUGGAUGAUGCUCUUCAGGAGUGCCACAAUGCAGAAGAGAAGGCGAAGAAGGCAAUAGCUGAUGCAGCGAUGAUGGCAGAGGAACUAAAGAAGGAACAGGACACCAGCAGCCACCUGGAGAGGAUGAAGAGGAACAUGGAGCAGACCAUCAAAGACCUGCAGAUGCGCCUAGAUGAGGCUGAGCAGAUUGCUCUUAAAGGAGGAAAGAAACAGAUUCAGAAACUGGACAUUCGGGUAAGGGAGCUAGAAGGAGAGCUGGAGAGUGAGCAGAAGAAGAGUGGAGAAUUCAUAAAAGGAAUAUGCAAAUAUGAGAGGAGGAUCAAAGAGCUUACAUAUCAGACAGAGGAGGACAAGAAAACUCUUCUGAGGAUGCAAUGCUUGAUUGAAAAACUACAGGCUAAAGUAAAGAGCUACAAGAGACAAGCAGAGGCUGCAGAGGAGCAGGCCAACUCCAAUAUGAGCCGAUUUAAGAAGAUACAGCACGACCUGGAUGAAGCUGAAGAGAGGGUAGACAUAGCAGAAUCUCAGGUCAACAAGCUGCGUGUGCGUACCCGAGAGACACAUGUUGUCAAGAUAAUUGAGUGAAGGCUGGAUGCAAAAGUUGUCUAGACUUAAAGCUGAUGACUUUUAAGAUUCAUCUAAAGUAACCUUUCCUUUCUUUUGAUCUUUUUAAAACACUUCAAGGCACAAAGUUUUGGAAAAUGUUGACUGAGGGUCAAUGCAAAUUCAUUUUUGUUGUUGCGAUAUAAUGACGAUUUUCUAAGGUCAAAUAAGUCUAGAAAAGUUUGUUUUUAAGUGUUCCUAUGCCCAGCUCCCUGCAAAGCCCUUCUUUGAAAGCUCUCAAGCUGCAGAGCUCAUAAUAGGCUUGUUUUGUAACUUCAGUGUCAUUACAGUACAGGAACAGUAAAGGGUCCUUCUGUAAUAGUUGUUUUGAAACAGCUUCUUUCCCCCUGUGUGUAAUGUCUUUAAAAAUGGUGGCUGAGGUCAUUUCCACUUGAAGGGAGGCUUUUUUGGUCAUAAUAAAAACAAUUGAAUGGAAUUGUUUGCAAAGUUCUAAGAAUGUGUGGCUCUUGGUUUUACAUGACAACUCAGCUCAACCUACAUUCCUAAUUCAUGUAACAAACCUGUACACGUCAUCACACUGAACAACAAAAAGUUGACAACCUAGUCGUUUUCAAAAGUGGGCCUCAAGUGAUGCAAACAAAAAGAGCGUCUUACUGUCGAGCACUUCCUUUUCACACGUAAAUACAAACUUGUAGGGCGUUACUGAUGCAACGAGACCAGAAGCUAUAAUUUCAAUUGAUCCGUAGGUAACAUCCAUCUUAAUUUCGUCAUUAAUCUCGUGUAAGUACCUCACCUCAGAAAUACGCGCCGUUCCCGCCCCCCUACGCGCGAGAGCUGUUUAGCCCGCCAAAGAACCGUUUGCAUG